AUGGAUCCACCAAAGAAACCUAACAAGAUCAGGGACAUUGUUAGACUUCAACAGAUCCUUAAGAAAUGGAGAAGGAUAGCCAACUCUUCAAAAACAAGCAGAAGUAACAACAACAGCAACAGCAGUAGAAGCAUAAACUUUCUGAAAAGAACACUUUCUAUGUCUGAACGUGAGGGAGGAAUAUCAAGCAAUGUUGUUCCCAAAGGCUAUCUAGCUGUUUGUGUUGGGGAAAACCUUAGCAGGUUCGUUAUACCAACAGAGUAUUUGGGUCAUCAGGCCUUUCACUUAUUACUCAGAGAAGCUGAAGAAGAAUUUGGCUUUGAACAAACCGGUGUUCUGAGGAUUCCAUGUGAAGUGUCGGUGUUUGAGAGUAUCUUGAAGAUAGUGGAAGGAAAGGACAAGUUCUCUAUUCAGAAAUGUAGAUUUAGCAUUGAAAAGAUGAUCGGAUACUGCUCCUCAAACCAGCUUGAUUAUUCUCAUUAUCCUCAAAGUCCAAUGUGCAAAUAG